AUGAUAUUUAUUACUUUAUUUUUAUUUGCUUAGGGAUUCAUUAGAUAUGAUGAAAACACAUUUAGGUCAUUCCAAAUUACCAAUAAAGGAUUCUAUUGUUUUAAUAACAUUGGAAGAACAUAAGACAUUAAAUUUAGAGAUUCAUUUGAAAAUAUCCCUAAAGUGAUUCUGAUUCCAGAAUUAUUUGAUAUUCCUGGAGGUGUAGCUAACUAUAAUUUAGAAAUAACAUAAAUUACUUUAACUAGUUUAAUUAUUUUUAUUCAAUUUAGAAUUCACUCUCAGUAUAAAAUGCUUUGAUGGAGUAAUUUAUGGAAUUCACUAUAAAUGGCUGGCUAUUGAUGAUUAGAGAAUCUAAGUUAUUAAUUAAUUUAAUUAAAAAAAUUUUGAGUCAUUAACUUUGGAUCAUUCCAAUCCCAAUGCUUAAAAUUACCUAAUAUCUGUUAUUGCUUUUUCUUUUUCAGGAUCUGUAAGUUUUCAAGUCAAAGUAGCAAUAUUUAUUAAAAUUUAAGGUAUCUGAGAUUAACACCAAGUCUCUAACAAUUAUAGUUACAGAUCUAUAAAAUACAUUACCGAAUCUUAUUUCUAUAAGUUACUAAAUAAUUUUAGGAAUUGAUGAAACAUUUUAAUAAUAACCAUUAGCAUUAAUAAAUUCCCCAUAUACUAGCCAAGAAUUUGCAUUCAUAUAAUCAUCAUGGUUUCUUUUGCCAUUUUACGGUUUUUAGUAUGAUGGAGUUUAAGAAAUUAGAUUCAAGAAAUAGUAUUUCUCAAAUGUUAAUAAUUUAUGGUAUGAUAUGAAUGUUGGAAAUUUUUAAAGUUAUGCAACAGGUUGUUGUUGUAUGCCAACCCUCUGGCACAAACAAAGUUGGAUGAAAUUUGAAUAUAUCACUGAAUUUAAACCUUAUGAAAUUGGUUUCAUUUCAAUAAAGUAUUUUAAAGAUAGUAAAGUUGAUUAUUUACAAUCAUUCAAAAUUGAAAUUUAAGGAGAUCUAUAGAAAGCAACAAACUUGGGGUUAACAAGAAUCAUCAUAGAUAAAGCAGAAUAAUAAACAAAUUUAAAAAUUCAUACUAAAUGUUAAGAAAAAGAAACUAUGAAAAUAAUCUUAUUUAUACCUAAUUCUACUUAGAAUAGUAUUACAAAUCCAUUUUUCCACAGCUGUUUGGACUCCUUUGAAGAAGUUGUGAUUACUUUUACCCUUAUAUCUACUUCAGUAGCCUAUUAAGAUCUGAUAGUUGAUAUUUCAGAAACAGAAUGCUUAAUUUCACAAUUACUAUUCAAUUACAGAUUCAGUCAAGUGGACUUAUUUUCAAUUUAGAAACUAAUUAACUGA